UCGGUCAAGCGUAAACACGACACAUAUACGGGCCGACUAUGCAGCUGAAUUUCGAUCUGGAUGGCUGACGUUAAUUAACAUUUUGUGUAGGCCUACUCCUUGUUUUUGUUAGUGACGGAAACCUGUUGAAAGUUCAUAUACACUAUCAUUCGUGUUGCAUGGUCUUGACGCCUUCGGACCACAGUGGACGAGUGAAUAUUCGUGAAAAAGUAGGGGGUUGUGAACGAUGAUCAUGGCGUCCGAACCAGUCUGUGUUGAGGACUUUGAGCCGUACCUCAAGGCGAGGGUGUCGGACGCUAUCUGGCAUUACUACAGAGGCGGGGCAGACGGUGAGCAGACGCUGAGAGACAAUCCACUGGCCUUUCAGAGGUAUCGCCUUCUACCACGAUGUUUGAAGGACGUGUCUGAAAGAGACACCAGCACCUCUAUACUCGGUCACCGCGUAUCAUUCCCUGUUGGUGUGUCUCCCACGGCCUAUCAUGGCUUGGUGCAUCGUGAUGCAGAAAUCGCCACUGCAAAGGGUGUAUCAAAUGCUGGGUCUGCCAUGAUUCUCAGUAUGUGGUCCAACAGGAGUCUGGAGGACGUGGCUGCAUCAGUGCACCCUGACACGCCACUGCUGCUUCACCUGAACAUCCUGCGCGACAGAAGCAGAAUGGAGGCGGUGAUCAGACGGGCCGAGGCUGCAGGCUACAAGGCAAUAGUGGCAACGGUUGAUCAACCGAUGUCGGGGAACAGAAUGCACCUAAGACUCAACAUGGACAUUGACUCGAACUUAACCCUCCCGCAAAUGUUUCUUCCUGGAGAUGAAAUAACGCAAGGGAGAGCUGUAGCACUUGUAUUUGACGGCUCACAAGCUCUGACGUGGAAGGACAUCUUGUGGCUGAGGGGAAUUACGUCACUUCCGGUUGUGAUAAAAGGAAUUCUUACAGCUGAAGAUGCAAGCGAAGCUGUGAAGCAUGGUGCCGCUGGUAUCCUGGUGUCUAACCACGGUGGCCGGCAGCUGGACGGGGUACCAGCUACCAUCGACGUCUUGGCUGAGAUAGUCAACGCCGUACGUGGCUCCAAUGUUGAGGUGUAUCUUGACGGAGGAGUACGUAAAGGCACCGAUGUCCUCAAGGCCCUUGCUCUGGGAGCACGAGCCGUUUUCGUCGGCCGACCGGCAAUCUGGGGACUUGCUUACGACGGUGACAAAGGAGUUGAAAAGGUUUUGGGGAUUCUCAAAGACGAAUUUAGCCUGGCCAUGGCUCUAGCAGGUUGUUCCUCACUUGCGGAUAUUACACCAGAUUUGAUUGCGACGAUGCCGCACAGCAAGAUGUAGAAGUAAAUUUCGAGAACCAGUUCUUGCUUGAAUUGAACAACACACAGACCCAGCUAAAUAUGCUUAAACUGAGAAGUUAACGGGCCCAGGGACUUUACAGAAUAUCCUCAAGCUUCAACUUCAUAACUGCACAACAUGGUUGAUAGACUCGCCGACCUAUUGUAUGGAUAUGAAUCUAUCCAUGGUCCAAUGCCUAGUUACAUCACUGACAACCAUUUCUUUUGAUUUUUUUCUGUAACUGUUUGCUGUUUAUCGUGCGGCGUUGUAAUCUUUGUAGAGCCCAAUAUAAAUACCUGGUAUGGUAUUAUUACUAUUAUUAUUCAAGAGCUAAGAAGUAUGGAUUAGAAACUACGUCAACUUUUCAACUGCCCAACAUCGUUGAUAGACACGCCAACCUAUCCCAGAGCUACGAACACUAACAAUGGAUUACAAACCACUUUGUCUUUACUGCACAACAUCGGUGAUAGAAACGCCAACCUACCCAAGAGCUAGGAACAAUCAUGGUUACAAACUACUUGGCUUUGCUGCAAAACAUCGUUGACAGACUCGCCGAUCUAUCCAAGAGCGAAGAACAAUCAUGGGUUACAAAAAUACUUCGACUUUAUGCACAACAUCGUUCGUUGAUAGACACGCCACGCCACGUAAGAUUAUGAACUACAAAUCGGCCCAUUACAAUCAUAUACAUAACUGCACCAAUUAGGUUUUAAAAAUGGUUAUCAAGCUGAUUUGAUGACUGGUCCUACACGAACGUUAUGAGGGUUUGGCGCCACAAUUUAGGAAAUGGGCGCUCCUUCCGCAAGAAAACCCCAUUGUGCCGAGACUUUCAAUGAAACUACUUUGUCUACCCAAUGAGACAAAAUGGUGCAAUACACGUACCAUAUCAUAAUCAGGCCUAAGUCAUACACUAUUUUUCAAUCACAACGAAAACUGUCACCAUGCUAGUUAUUUCUCGAUUAACAUAUCAUUAAUUAUUACUGACGUAUUAAGUUCAAAACAAAAAAGGCAUUUUCGAUGU